AAAGGGCCACUACCUCGCUCCAGCCCCACAAAGCGAUCUCCGCGGUUUAUACGGGGCGGGUUGCCCGCUGCUGCCGAGCUUCGCUGCAGACUCGUUGGCGCUGUCCCUUUGGGCCUUUCCUUCCUGUGGGAUUGCUGCCGGUGUUUAGCUGUGUGGUCUCCGUGUUCCGGGGACCGACCUGCCAUCUGAAGAGGUUUCCUGAAUGUGGAGUGUGACUUUCCCAAAUCAUCUUUGCCUUGUGCUGUGUUUGCUGCAACAAUGUUUAGAAGAUUGACUCUUCCACAACUGUUCUUUGCUACCUUUCUUGGAAUUGCUUCAGGAAUAUAUAUUUAUCAACCAAUAUUUGAGCAGUAUUCCAGAAAUCAGAAGGAAUUAACAGAAAAGUUGAAAUUGGCACAAGAAUCAGAAAAGAAGAUAAAUUAAUUCUCCAUAGAGUUGAAUUGUAAUGAUUGCUUAAAGUUCCAUUGAAAUUAUACACUAACUAUAAUCUAGUGAAAACUUAGAUAUAUUUUAAAUAUAAAUAAAUAAUGGAUAAUUUUAAAAAUCAGCACUGUUAAUUUUUAUGUUUACUGUACUUUUAUUUGCCAUUUUAUGUCUUAUCACCAAGACAAUAAUUUCCUUUUAAACCAAAAUGAGUAUUUUAGGGAUAUUUUGUUUUCUAUUUGGGGUUUAUUUUUCUAGGAAUGUAGCAUAUGUAGAGUCACGAGGAGACAGUCUAGGUGUAUGUUAAGUAACUGAGAAUGGCCUUUAUAGAAGUAUUUGUAGAUAAGUGAAACCAAGUUAAACCACCUUAGGCAGAAAGUCUCUCAAUUAGCUUGGUUUAAUAUACUUUAGCAGUCUUUCAUCCCUAGCCAUUUCUUAUUCCAGGCAGAAUGGAGGAGUAGUCAAAAAAUUGUGUAGCUCAUAUCAAAUUGAGAUUUGAGAGAGGGUAGGUGGCGCUACGUAGAGUGGCAAAUAUGACCCAGAUCUGUUUGUUAAACCCACUAAACAACUUUGCAUUAAGAAUGGCGAUAAGGGAGUAAUUUAUUAUGGAGCUAUUAUUCAUAUAAUUA